AUGUCGGCGAUUCAAGGGAAGCGAAAAUCCACCGGAAUGUCAUUGUUCGUCGAUGACGGUGAAAAGCCGCCAACGAAAAAGGCUUCUGGAGGGCUAUACGAUAGUGGUGAUGAAGAGGACAGAUCUGUCCCAAGAGUGGGCGAUGCAACGGUGGAUACGUCUCGUGACGAAGACAGUAGCACCGUGUCCAAUGGAACUAUGUUGAAGGAGCCACAUAUGCUAAAAGAAGAGAAUGAGACAGUGUUUGUUAAUUCCCGGUUUUCUAAUUUUUCCGUAGGUCUAUCGAAUAUUGUAAAAGAUUUUAGUAGUUUAGGUUUGGAACCACUGCAACUUCUUAGCGUCCUUGGAUGUAGACGUGGGGAACGCGAUGAUAUGCAGGAUGCGCACCUCUUACUAGACAACUUCUCUCUAGGACAAUCCUUUGUGAAACGAUGUUCGUUGUAUGCGAUCUUCGAUGGACAUGCUGGAGCUCGCGCUGCAAAAUACUGUGAAGAACACAUACCUUCAGUUCUUAUGAAAAAGUUGAGUUCGUAUAACGAUCCGAAGCUCAUGGAGAAACAUUUAAAGCGGAUCUUCGCUGAAACCUUUAAAGCAGUUGACGAGAGCUUUCUCAUCGAAGCAAGGAAAAUGUAG